AUUAGGCAAAUAUUGGCGCGUCUUUUGCAGAGUUUUGCGAGCGACAUAAGUGCAAUAAAGAGCGGGAGUGUGCGGAGCACCUAGCCCGGGACCAUGGACAAGUUCCUGCUGCGCAAUCCCACGUGGAAGACGAAGACCCAUGGCUCGAUCGUGGCCAGUUCCUCGGUGGCCGCCAAGAAACCGGCGGCGUCACCCAUCCGCCGGCCGUUGCAGGAUUCAAAUCUGGGGGACUCCAGGUCCAAGCCGACGACCCUGCCUUCCAAAUCUCAGUCCCAGGCCCCGGCAGAUGACCAGGUGGCCAAGGAUCGGCUGAUGCUUAAGCCGGCCCUAGCCGUCUCCAAGGCGAUCAGCCAGCACCGCUCCGAGUUCUACAAGGACGAGGCGGCAGGAUCAGGAGCAGCUCCAGCAGCGUCUGCGAACGGAGCAGCCACGCCCACCAGGCACGAGGGACAGUGGGCGCGCCUGCAACAAGAUCUAAACAGUCCCAAUGCUGCACUUCGUCUGCGCGCCAUUCGUGCCUUAAAGAGCCCCACCAAGUCAGCGUACAACACCUUCGAUGUGCCCCAGGCCGAGCAGAGCAUCAUAACGAUGGAGGAACGCCACCCCCAGGAGCCGCUCACCCUGCCCGAGUUGCUCAAGGACAUAGUUGUCUACGUGGAAGUGCGAACCGGCAACGACAAUCGCUCCGAGGGCGUGAAAACGAUUAUUGCCAAGAUGGGAGCCCAGGUCAAUAAUCGUCUGACACGCACCACCACACAUGUGGUCUUCAAGGAUGGUCUGCUCUCAACUUAUAAGAAAGCCGCCGAGUGGAAAAUACCAGUCGUAUCGAUUCUGUGGAUCGAGGCCUGCAAGGUGCAGCGCAAAAUAUGCGAUCCCAGCAAGUUUCCCAUUAGCAACAUACGGAUGUACGAGUAUCCAGAGCUCUUUGGAAAGAUGCCGCGCGUUAAGUUCAUGCAGCCCGAUUCGGAGUUGAGCCAGCGACCGCGGAAACGACAGGGAACACCCACAUCCUCCAGGGACAACGAGCCGGGAUCGGCCAACAAGCGCGCCCAGCCGGGAACCCCAACAACCACCACACCAAAGAAUGACAUCAGCCGCUUCUUCAGGGCCCUCAAUCACAACAAAGCUGCGGAUGAUGAGGUAAUCGAGUCGCCAGCGACUAAACUACUCAACAGGAUAAGCAGUGGCUGCUACACUCCCUUGCCCGCAGUGGCUGCUCCCCAGCCGAAAGAAAGCAACGGCAGUGGAGAUGCUGUGGCCGAGAAAGUACAGGCACAAAAGAGUCUGCAAUUUGGUGAGCAGCCGGUCGGCAAUACCCCUCAACCGACACCAUUGAGCACGACACGACCACGUCGAAGUACAGUGGAACCACCGUCGGUGAUGACACCUCCAGUGCGCACUAGUCGGCGCCGCAGCUGCGUGGCGGAAAUCAGCAGUCCCGCUGCAAUGGAACCCAGAAUGACUCGGCGCAGGAGCUCGCUCCACGUUGGCUUGGCGUCCACGUCAAUACAGGAAGCUGAACCAGCUGCGCCUGCAGCUUUGGAGCCCAGGAUGACUCGUCGCAGAAGCUCAUUGCUGGGGACUGCCAAACAGGCAGAGGAAACAGCUCAGAAGCAAAGUAUUCAGACCAUAACGGAGGAGCUGGCUCCCAUUCAAGAGAACAGAAAUUCUGUAGUUAUGAUGGAGGACAAGACAACAAACAAAACUGAUUGCGUUGUGCGGUCAAUAGAGAUAACCGCCAUGGAGACGGAAGCUACCUACAAAGCGGACAGGCGGGGCACUCUAUAUACCUCCGAAUGCAUGGACAUAAGUACCUCUCGACGUCGCAGCGUGGCCACCUCCAGCUCCGAGCUGAGGGAUGAAAACGUGCUUCUACGUAGACAAUCGCUCAGCAACGUCACCACCCAGACGUCGAACUCCAUCAUGGAGGAGCCACUGACGCCGCUUUUCAGUUCCACCCGACUGCCGAGCGGUCAGUCCACAGGGAAUCGCAGGCGCACCAUCUUCAAUCUGGACAUGGAGGUGAUCAACGAGAGCAUCGAAAGGAUCAAUCAAUCGCAUCGCAGAUCUCUAGCUUUGGCCAAUGAGGCCGAGUUGGGCGAGUGUCGCAUAGUUUCGGAGCAAGAACCACCGCUGUCGGAGGCAACCCCAUCGCAGGAACCCAAAAGGCGACGCCUUUUCAAUCCAAACGACGAGGUGGUCCUAUCACCCCCCAAAAGCAGUAGGAAAAGUCGCCUGAGCAUUUCUAGCUCCUCGAGCUCCGUGCAGAAGCGUCGUCGUUCGCUAGCCACACCGGCCAAGUCGUCCUCCCUGGAGGCGUGUGUCCCGGCUGCUGUCCCCAAAGCCAUAACACCACAGGAAAAAGAGGCUUCUGUAAGAGCCGUUCCAGACUUAGAGGAUUCCGUAUCGAUCGCAGAGGAGGAGGGCGACAAGCCCAAGGGCAAACCACGCUCACGCAUUCGCACUCUAGUGCACACCAACAUGCACCAGGAGCAGAUCCAGGUCAUCCACAAGGCCCUGCGCAAGUUACGCGGCAUGCGGCUGGAUCCGACCGUGACCCAGCGCACCACCCACCUGGUAAGCCUGGAGCCGCGUCGAACCCUGAAUCUCCUGCGCGGCCUGAUGCGCGGCGUCUGGAUCGUCAGCUAUCAGUGGGUCCUGGCCUCGAUUCGGGCCGGCAAGUGGGUCGGUGAAGAGCCCUUCGAACUGACCAGAUUUUCGCGGGCCAUCGAGAUUUGCCGCACUGAAAGGCAGGCUUUCGGCAUCCACUACCAGUGCGAGUUGUUCCGCUUCAUGGAGCCCUUCUAUGUGUCAUCCCUGUGCCGACCGGUGCAGUUCAACAACAUGAAGGAGCUGCUCCUGCUGGGCGGCGCCACCCUGACCGAGAACCGCUUCAAGGCCAAGUACAUUAUCGGCGAUAAGCGGCGGGCGGAGGACGAGCGCGUCUACCUGGAUCCCUUCUGGGUGCUGGACAGCAUUACCAACAUGCAGAUCCAGAAGUUCGGCAAAUACCUUAUGAAGAGCGCCAUCAUCACGGCCGCUGGCAUUCGGUACGAGGAUCCCAGGGAGAUCGAUGAGGAUCCCCAAGCGCAGAGGAGCCAACACGACUACGUGGAUCCGCCUUUGGUGCUGGACAAAUAAAGAUAGGCGGGCGCUAGCCACUUUCCACAUCUGUUUCACCUUUUUGUUGCCAAACUUUCCAAAUACGCAUAUGUAAAUAUAUUUAGUUCUAUUUUAACUUGUA